AUGUGCUGCCCUGACACUAUGCGGAAGACGCCUACGAACUACAUGCUGCUUAUGAUCUUCACAAUAGCAGAGUCUGUCAUGGUGGGUUUCAUCUGUGUCCAGUACACGGUCCAGUCAGUGCUGGUCACGCUGGGAAUCACUGCAGCUUUGGUGCUGGUCUUGUCUUUGUUCGCCAUGCAGACAACGUACGACUUCACUGGAUUUAUGCCCUAUUUGUUUGCCUUGGUCUCCUGCCUCUUCUUGUUUGGCCUUGUGAUGUCCAUUUUCAGCCUGUGCGGCGCCCUAAGCGCACAAGCUUUCCAUGUGAUGAACAUGAUCUAUGCUGGUCUGGGGGCGAUAGUCUUCUCUUUCUACAUCAUCUUCGACACUCAGCUGAUUGUGGCUGGCAAACACAACAAGUUCAGGUUCUCCAUCGACGACUACUGCAUGGCAGCGAUCAACAUCUAUGUUGACAUCAUUCAGCUAUUCUUGUUUCUGCUGCAGCUCUUGGGAGAUCGAGCAGCACUUAGCAAGGCCGUUUCGAUGAUGGUGUUCUAUGCGUUUGUCAUUUGCUGCAGGCUUCUCAUGGUUGUGAAAAAUGAUUGUGUUCACUGUGAGGAUGUGGGCGUCCAAGACGCACCAGGCGAGGGGGAGGUGCAGGCCAUCGCCCAGGAGCUAGCAGAGUUGCCCAAGGCUCGCAUUUCUCCUCACGUGCAAGCCACGCAGGAAAAGACGGAGCCCCUUAGCGCAGCAGCGACAGCAGUGACGGAGGUCAAGGCACGGAGCAGCAAGCCCCACCUGUGCGGAAGCUUGGCAGAAGCCAGGCGCAAGCUGCGAGCAAGCAGAGCGAGGCCAAAGCGAAUCCCGUCGAACGGCGGAUGCCUUGGGUACUUCCACCAGGUGAGAGAGAGGCAAGCCCCGAGCAAUGCGCGUGCAGGUGAGGUGGAGGGUUGGGUGGAAGGGUAUGAUGCUGAGGAUGGGUCUUUGAUUGUACUGGACACUAUUGGCUUGGGAGACACUGAGAUCGAUCAGGACAAGGUGGUUGCCAGUAUCAGAGAUGUAGCACUUUCUGCACUGAAUGGUGUGGACUGUCUGCUGUACGUGAUGCGCAAUGCACGCAUCACCGAUGAUGCGAUCGCACGGCUUAUCUACGUCACGGAGUAUCUUUGGGGGGAUGAAAGCCUUCUAAACCUCUACAUAGUGGUCACAUGCGCCAGCAAGUACGCUCGGAGCCGCGAGGAUGCAGAAGAUUGGAUCCAGAGACAGGUGGAGAUCAACUGGCGAUUCAAGCACAUCUAUUCUAUUGUUGGGAACAAUCCUAGCAGGUUCAUCUUUGUGGACAAUCCCGACCCUGAGUCGCAAGAGCCCAACUUGGCAGAGAGACGGGCCAACAGCCGGGAAGCCUUGUUCAAGCUUUUCUGCACACACCCUCGGGAGGCCGUCCCGCCAUUUACACAAGAAAUGAUGAAGCAGGUUCAGGAGUUGACCAAGAAAGAGCGGGAGGAACUCAAGCAGAAGGAGGAGGAAGUGCAGAGGCUGGAGACCGCUGUGAAGGCCAAGGCCAAAGGCGUGAACGCCAAGAAGCCUUCGGUUACUGGCGUGGUAAACGUUUUCGGCAGCUGCUCCUUGAAACCUAGGCUUUCGGCGUCUGCUAACUUGCUGCAAGCGAAGGAGGACAUGAAGAAGGCCAAGUUGGCUAUGCAGGUUCGUCUGACUCAGGUGAAGGCCAACAAGGACUUCCAAGAUGCUGCGCAGCAGCACGCGGACAGGGCCACCAACAAGUUUCUGAGCGACUAUAAGUCCGCAGACAAUGCCAAUACCGACAGGGGCAGAGCUGCCACGAGGAUGUUGACCUCGCUGUCAAAGAAGCUCUCGAUCAACAAUACGGCCUCGGCAGCAAAAGCUAACACGGGCAACCCAAAGUCUGCUCCUCCGGCUGUCCCCAUGGAAGAGCAGCUGCGCAUCAUCUUGAAGAAGGUGAAGAAGGCCAACAAGGAGACGCCUGCAGCUCUUUUUCGCAAUCUGGGUGGCUGGAACGGGCCAGGCGCGAUUUCGCCACUCGUGUUCACCAACUUUUUGCUGACGCAUGCUCCAGACGUCACCCAAACACAAAUUGGGGCUCUUUGGUGGAGAGCCGACACCAACGGUGAUGGUCAGGUGGAUCUGCAAGAGUUCAAGGACUUCUUCUCCAAGUUUGUUGAGGUGGCGUGA